CACUGGGGAGGACGAUGGAGCGCGCAAGCGAGCCCGCGGGUGAUGCGCGCGUGCUCUGUCAGCGCCGCUGCUGCUUCAGAGGAGAAGCCGUUCAUUCAGCUGCUGAAUGAGGGACGGAACGGAGGGAACUAUGAACUGAUAGAGGGAUGAGUGAGUGAGUGAAAGAACGGAUCCCAACCUGGGCUUCUUCCAGAGUACCGACCCGGUGAGAAGACACAACCAACGAUUUGGACGUCAAUCCUUGCUGCGCCGACCCAGGAGAACUCAGCAGAGUCCAGCAAAGGCCCGACUGCAUCAGCAGAAAUGGCUCCAGCAGCCAUGUCUGUACCUCCAUCCUCUGUCACCUCCCUCCAUCCCUCCCACCUCUCCUCACAUCUCCUCUCCUUCCUCCUCUCCGCCUUUCUCCUCCUGUCCUGUCCUGGAUCGGUGCACGCAGGCUCGUCUGAGUCAAACUGUUCAGCUAGCGGAGACCCCUGUCAAGAAGGAGUGGUACUGCCUGUGUGGAACCCUCAGAACCCCUCUGUGGGGGACAAAGUGGCACGGGCCAUUGUUUACUUCGUAGCGCUUAUCUAUAUGUUCCUGGGCAUGAGCAUUAUAGCGGACCGAUUCAUGUCUUCUAUUGAGGUCAUCACUUCCCAGGAGAAGGAAAUCACCAUAAAGAGGCCGAAUGGUGAGACCACCACCACCACGGUCAGGAUCUGGAAUGAGACCGUCUCUAAUCUCACUUUAAUGGCCUUGGGUUCCAGUGCCCCCGAGAUACUGCUGUCAGUUAUUGAGGUGUGUGGUCACGGUUUCGAGGCUGGCUCUCUGGGUCCCAGCACAAUCGUGGGCAGCGCUGCCUUCAACAUGUUCAUCAUCAUUGCCCUGUGUGUGUAUGUGGUUCCUGAUGGGGAGACGCGCAAAAUCAAACACCUUCGGGUGUUCUUCGUCACGGCGGCCUGGAGUAUCUUCGCCUACAUCUGGCUUUACCUGAUACUGAGUGUCUCUUCCCCUGGAGAAGUGGAGGUGUGGGAGGCGGUGCUGACCUUCCUCUUCUUCCCGCUCUGUGUAGUCCAGGCCUGGGUGGCCGACCGCCGCCUCCUCUUCUACAAGUACGUCCGCAAGCGUUACCGCGCUGACAAGCAACGCGGCAUCAUCAUUGAGACGGAGGGAGGGCCGGACGGAGGGAUGAGUAUGGGCAGAAGCGGAGCACUGGCUCCAGGGGGGUUCACCAAGAUGGACAUGCUGGAGCUGGACGGACAGAUGGCCUUGAAUUGUCACAGCGGGAUGGACGGAGGGACGAUGGAAGAUGGAGGAGCCAAGGAUGAGGAGGACGAGGCCAGAAGGGACAUGGCGAGGACGCUGAAGGACAUGAAGCAGAGGCACCCGGACAAAGACAUGGAACAGCUGAUUGAGAUGGCUAAUUAUCAGGUCCUGAUGCAGCAGCAGAAGAGCAGAGCGUUCUACCGUAUCCAGGCAACCAGGAUGAUGAUUGGAGCUGGCAACAUCCUCAAGAAGCACGCUGCUGACCAGGCUCGCAAGGUGGUGAGCAGCAAUGAGACCCAGGCUCAGGAGGACGACCCUCACACCAUUAAAAUGGAGUUUGAACCCCCUUUGUACCAGUGCUUUGAAAAUUGCGGCUCCUUGAAACUGACCGUUGCCAGACACGGAGGAGACUCUGGAGUUACUGUCAAGGUGGAUUAUCGCACCGAGGACGGCACAGCAAACGCAGGUUCGGAUUACGAGUUUGCAGAGGGAACACUGCUGUUUAAGCCAGGAGAGACCCUCAAAGAGAUCACAGUCGGAGUGAUUGACGACGACAUCUUUGAGGAAGAUGAGUAUUUCUACGUCCACCUCAGCAACCCUCGAGUGGUUGGUUAUCCUGAGAUUGGCACCGCCCCGCUGGAUGCCAGUGCCACCCCCAAAGCCGUUCUGGGUGACAACCACACAGCCACAGUGACCAUCUACGAUGACGAUCACGCAGGCAUCUUUACGUUUGAGACUGCCAGUCAGAAAGUCAGUGAGAGCGUAGGUGUGAUGGAGGUGAAGGUGCUCAGGACUUCAGGGGCCCGAGGCCUGGUAGCCGUCCCCUACCGGACUGUGGAUGCCAGCGCUAGGGCAGGGGAGGACUACGAGCUGGCCGCUGGCAAGCUGGAGUUCCAGAAUGACGAGACCAUGAAGAUCAUCGAGGUGAAGAUUAUUGACGAUGAGGAGUAUGAGAAGAACAAGAACUUCAUCAUCGAGCUGGGAGAGCCCGUUCUGUUGGAGAUAGGGCAGAAACACGGUGUGUGUGUGUGGGACUCCAAUGAGAACAAGCCGUUGGUGGGAGCAGAGGACGAAGAGGUGGCCAAGAUGGGCUGUCCCAGUCUGGGCGAACACACACAAGUAGAGGUGGUCAUAGAAGAGUCCUACGAGUUUAAGGUAAGUGUCUUUGUUAAGAAUACAACAAUGAGAAUUGUUAAACUAUUUUUUAAAUCUUAACCAAUCUUAACACCCAAAGGAGACGACGACGACGAGGAGAGCGGAGAGGAGCGGCUGCCUUCCUGCUUCGACUACAUCAUGCACUUCCUCACCGUCUUCUGGAAGGUUCUGUUCGCCUUCGUCCCGCCCACGGAGUACUGGAACGGCUGGGCCUGCUUCAUUGUCUCCAUAUCACUUAUCGGCGUCCUGACGGCAGUCACCGGCGAUCUGGCAUCACACUUUGGCUGCACGGUGGGACUGAAGGACUCGGUGACGGCCGUGGUGUUUGUGGCGCUGGGAACGUCUGUACCAGACACAUUCGCCAGCAAGGUUGCCGCCAUCCAGGACCAGUACGCCGACGCCUCCAUCGGCAACGUCACCGGCUCCAACGCCGUCAACGUUUUCCUCGGCAUCGGAGUGGCGUGGACCAUCGCCGCCGUCGUCUGGCGCUCCAAGGGCAAGGUGUUCAAGGUGGACCCAGGAAACCUGGCCUUCUCUGUCACCCUCUUCACCAUCAUGGCCAUGUUGUGUGUGAUCACACUGCUGUACCGGCGGCGGGCGGGGGUGGCCGGUGGCGAGCUGGGCGGGCCGCGGACUUGCAAGAUAAUAACGUCGCUGCUGUUCGUCUCCAUGUGGCUGAUUUACAUCCUGCUGGCUUCACUGGAGGCCUACUGCCAUUUACCAAUGUUUUAAAUGGAGAGCAGAGAGGAGGGUGAGAGACCCACUGCCAAUAUGAAGAGAGCGAGCGAGAGAGAGGGAUGGAGGAGUCUUCAAACAGGAACGAGACGAGGAGAGAUGGGUUGAAGAGGUGGAUUGAUAAAGGCCGAUUCUGAUAUUUUUUAUGGAGUCAGCAGAUCUUUCCAUGUCCUCAUUUUUUUAAAGUCCCAAAAACUUUUUCAGUGUUUCAGAUAGAUUUAUUUUUUAUCUUUCCAUUUAUCCGUUUCCUGAAAAAGAGUGCAUACCAUUAUGAAAGACUAAACAGACAUUUUUUUUUUUUACAUGAGCAGCUUCAUCACCAUCUGACAACACUGUUUAAUACUUAAUAAAAGGCUGACAUCGUUCCAGUAUUCUGCCAGAGCAGCAGGAGAAAAGAAAAGCCUCUGAAGGGGAAAACGAAGAUAAAAGAAGGAAAGAUAAAAGUGGAAAGGUUGGGAGAGCGGAGGCUGGAGGCAGCAAAACUAGAGAACUAUCUGGAUACAGCCGAUGGAGAGACUAGAGAAAAGACGACACAGGAAAAAGAAAGAGAAGAACAGAUGGGCAAAACUGUUCUACACCCCCUCCUUACUCUCUCGCUACUUCUAUCUAUGCUGUAUCUUGUCGUCAUGGGAAUGGUGGGUCCUCCCAUUAUACCCACUGAACUUUAUAUAAUACUACCAGUGAGUCAUUCCGUUAAACCCCCCUACCCCGAACUGCGCGCGCACACACACACACACACACACACACACACACACACACACACACACACAAUGACCGUACACUACUUUUCCGACCAACACUCCACAGACUGUACACACUCCUCCGUCCCUCCCUCUUGCCUUACUCCUAUCUCUCCUGUAGGAAUUGUCUUAAAGUUGUGAUGAUGAAACGCCGUAGUCACCACCAACCGACCAACCCUCUUUUUAAUCGAGCCAAUCCCAAGUCCUUCUCCUUUUAUCAUCAUAUUCUACCAACAGCCUCGUCACACGUAGGAAACUCACCCUCUUUUUUUUUUUUUUCUAAACUUUUCAAUGGCGUCACGUGUUGAUGUUGUUACCGUGCAAUUGUAAAAAGAAACAAGAAGACAUAAUAAGUAUAGUGAGAUGGAGAUAAGCGAAGUUAAAGCAGGUUUUAAAAGAUAGAAUGUAACAUGGAGUGGUGGGAUUGAUUAGCACCUGGAAGGAAUCCCAAAAGUGGGAUGGAGAAGCAAAAGAAAUGUUUGAUAAGCAGAGUGAAGAUUAGAAACAUCUGGAGAACCAACAAGAGAGCAGUCCACUUAGUAAUUGUUGUCUUUCUUGCAAUGAAGAAGCGUUGUGCACUUGUGAAGUACACUGUUUACACGUCUAAUGUUGCAUUAAAUGGUGGAGGAAACAAGCAUGUGAACAAGCCGAAACAAUCCGAAUGAAGGAUCUCACUGGUUGGGACUUUGACAAGGACUAAGAAGACGACAGCGAUGGCAGUGUUGUCACAUCAGAACUAUAACCAUACCCAGUGUUUCUAAUUGUACAUGAUAAUAUAGAAACUUGUAUUGAUGUGUGUGAGAAAACACUGCUGUUUAAUCUAUGUGAAGCCCCCCUCUUUAUAAGGAAAAGCCCGGGGAAGGAAAAGAAAAAUUCAUGCGUCCUUUUUUUCCCUCUGAAACACAGUUCAAGAAGACAUUUGAGGGAGAUCCAAAGGAAAGAAAGGCUAAAACCAGAGAUGAUUUAUUGACA